UUGGAAGUUCCGGGGAGAGAGCGCAUGCGCGAGUGUACGCGUUGCCGGCGAAGAGGGGAGCCUGACGACUCGGAAAUUUGAAUACCACAGUAGCAUGGAGUGUGACCUCAUGGAGACUGACAUCUUGGAGUCGUUGGAAGAUCUAGGUUACAAGGGCCCAUUGUUGGAUGAUGGCGCACUAUCUCAAGCAGUCUCUGCUGGAGCCAGUUCCCCCGAGUUUACCAAACUCUGUGCUUGGCUGGUAUCUGAAUUAAGAGUGCUCUGUAAACUAGAGGAAAAUGUGCAAGCAACUAAUAGUCCAAGUGAGGCUGAAGAAUUCCAGCUUGAGGUGAGUGGGCUACUAGGGGAGAUGAACUGCCCAUAUCUUUCACUGACCUCUGGGGAUGUGACCAAGCGCCUUCUCAUACAGAAGAACUGCCUCCUUUUGCUCACAUACCUCAUCUCAGAACUAGAAGCUGCCAGAAUGCUCUGUGUGAAUGCUCCUCCAAAAAAAGCUCAAGAAGGAGGCGGUAGUGAGGUCUUUCAAGAGUUGAAAGGCAUAUGUAUUGCUCUAGGAAUGUCCAAACCUCCAGCCAAUAUAACUAUGUUCCAAUUCUUCAGCGGGAUUGAAAAAAAAUUAAAGGAAACAUUAGCAAAAGUUCCACCUAAUCAUGUGGGAAAGCCUUUAUUGAAGAAGCCAAUGGGACCAGCCCACUGGGAAAAGAUAGAAGCAAUUAACCAAGCCAUAGCUAAUGAAUAUGAAGUUCGGAGAAAGCUGCUAAUAAAACGUUUGGAUGUCACUGUUCAGUCCUUUGGCUGGUCUGACAGAGCUAAGAGUCAGACCGAAAAAUUAGCCAAGGUUUACCAGCCAAAACGUUCAGUCUUGUCUCCUAAAAGCACUAUUUCUGUUGCUCAUCUUUUGGCUGCAAGGCAAGACUUGUCAAAGAUUUUAAGGACAAGCAGUGGUUCCAUAAGAGAAAAGACUGCCUGUGCCAUCAAUAAGGUGUUGAUGGGCAGAGUGCCUGACAGAGGUGGUAGACCCAAUGAAAUUGAACCUCCACCCCCAGAGAUGCCACCAUGGCAGAAAAGGCAAGAUGGCCCCCAGCAGCAAGCAGGAGGCCGAGGAGGAGGGAGAGGUGGUUAUGAACAUUCCUCUUAUGGUGGACGCGGAAGUCAUGAACAAGGAGGAGGGAGAGGUGGACGUGGUGGCUAUGACCAUGGUGGCCGAGGGGGAGGAAGAGGAAAUAAGCAUCAAGGAGGCUGGACAGAUGGUGGGAGUGGAGGAGGAGGUGGCUACCAAGAUGGUGGUUAUCGAGAUUCAGGUUUCCAGCCAGGUGGCUAUCAUGGUGGCCACAGUAGUGGCUAUCAAGGAGGUGGUUAUAGUGGCUUCCAAACAUCUUCAUACACAGGAAGUGGAUACCAGGGUGGUGGAUACCAGCAGGACAGUAGAUACCAAGAUGGCGGGCACCACAGUGAUCGAGGUGGUGGUCGUGGUGGGAGAGGUGGUCGCGGAGGCCGUGGUGGUCGUGGAGGCCAGGGAGGCGGGUGGGGAGGAAGGGGGAGCCAGACUUACCACCAGGGGGGUCAGUUUGAACAGCACUUCCAGCAUGGAGGCUAUCAGUAUAAUCAUUCUGGAUUUGGACAGGGAAGACAUUAUACUAGUUGAGGCUACAGAACCUUAUAUUUUGCUAGAGCUCAAAUAAUAGAAACAUAGUUUCAGAAUCCUGAAUCCAGUAUCUGUUUUGAAUUAACGUGAGACCACAGGUGGCAGCAGGCAGAUUCCUGCUUGGCAUAAACAUUGUAGGUCUUCCUUUGAUUCUGGUUUUUUGUUGUUGUUGUUGUUGUUGUUGUUGUUGUUUAAUGGACUUACAUAAUGCUGUUUAUUUGAGAAACACAUGCAACAUCUCUCCUUUCUAUGAAAAAAGUUUUUAAAAGGUAAUUAAAAUUGCCUUUAAUUGACCAGUAGACUAAUUCCACAGUCAGAACAUGCAUACUUUUUUGAAGAAAUUACUUGAAUAAAGUAGUUUUCAAUAUGCAGUUUUGAAAAUGAGGAUUCACCUAGACUUUUUUAGAUUUACUACUAGGAAACCUUCCUCAUAUUAACAACCAUUUAUAUGUGUUUUGUGUAAAAUAUUGUAAUGUCUAUUUUCCGAGCACAAUUCUGCCCCAAUUGGCAUUUUAUUCAGAGAGGUUGUGCCACAUUUGCUUCACGAUAGACCCGUUAGGUCAGUUCCUAUUAAAUGAGCUCUUCUGCAGACAGCACAUUCAGUAGCCUUAUUCAUUUGAUGGAAUACUGUACCAUAUGCUCAACUCUGAAAACCUUGAACACGGCCAAAUUCCAUAAAGACUAUAAAAGCAAACUAAGUUGUGAACCUAUCGUACAUUUAGGCAUUUAGUUAAGUAUAGCAACUCAAACUGACCUGCAUCCAUCCAAAACAAGUUCCUCGUUCAACCUUGUUUUUACUUGAAGUCUGCUAGAAAAAAUAGCAAACCAAAAUUUGUUUUAUGCACGAGUUAAUACCACUGGCUCAGCAAAUACAAGUUAGUUUGCUUCAGGCAGGAGACUUUUUUGUAAUGGAAGAAAUGCACUACAAAGUAAGAUAGAUUUUGCUUAGUGCAGGAGGCCCUUUAUUAUUGCUGCAGAAAACAAAAGCCUGGCUGAGUUGAUGUUUUACAUUCUCCUUUACUGAAAUCUACAUGCCAUGAUGCUUCUUGCUGGGUUUUUGUAUACGUAAACAUUGUCAAGCUGUGAAAGAAAAUGGCUGGAGGUGUGCUUUGUGUGAAAGGUGAGCAAUAAAGUAUCUGUAUGUUCUCUC